CAAAAAGUAGGGUAGAAGAAGAAAAGAGAACGGCUUUCUAAUCAUAUUCUUUACAGCUGCUACCCCACUAACCGGUUAAGCAAACCCUUCGCCACAAACUGCUCUCUGGCAAUUUUGUCUCCCAUAAAUUUUUUCUAUUUACUUUAUAUUUUGAAAUCAGAACCAAUAUUUUCUGGGUUUUUUUGUCUGGAAAGCCUAGGUUUGUUUGUCUGGAAAAAUCCUUAUUUUCUUCUUCCGCUUUGGUGGAAAUAUUACAAUUGUUAGAUUGGAAGGUUAGUUUGGUUUGAUUUGCAUAUUUGAUCUGAAAAUCAACAUGGUUAUAUAAACACUAGAAGUACAACAUAUAAGAAGAAAGAUGUGGGGUAUUUCUAGAUGUUGUGAGAAAAUUUACACGGCUGCAGAAGGGGGAUCUGGUUAUUGUUCCAAGAAGAAGGACGAUUUAUGUAAUGAGGAAACAGGACGAACCUUGAGCAUGUCGAGACUAAAAUGUAUUUUGCGUGGCUUGGAUCUUAAAACAUAUAUCUUUCUCUUUGUGUUGAUACCAACAUGUGUCUGGGGUAUAUACGUCCAUGGGCAGAAAAUCACCUACUUUCUACGGCCUUUAUGGGAAAAACCACCAAAGCCAUUUAAUGAAAUGCCUCACUAUUAUCAUGAGAAUGUAUCAAUGGAGAAUCUCUGUAAACUUCAUGGCUGGGGAAUGCGUGAGUACCCGAGGCGGGUCUUUGAUGCAGUGUUGUUCAAUAAUGAGGUUGACAUGCUUACCAUACGGUGGAAGGAGUUAUACCCUUAUAUUACAGAGUUUGUUCUACUUGAAUCAAAUUCAACUUUCACUGGAUUACCAAAACCUUCUUACUUUGCUAAUCACAGGGAUAGAUUUGACUUCGUCGAGUCAAGAUUGACAUAUGGACAAAUUCCUGGGAGAUUUAAAAGAGGAGAAAACCCUUUUGUUGAGGAGGCUUAUCAGAGGCUUGCAUUGGAUUAUCUUCUCAAACAAGCAGGUAUUCAGGAUGACGACUUGUUGAUAAUGUCGGAUGUUGAUGAGGUACCUAGUAGACAUACCAUCAAUCUCUUGAGGUGGUGUGAUGACAUACCCUCAGUUCUUCAUCUUCGAUUGAAGAAUUAUCUUUACUCUUUUGAGUUUCUUGUGGAUAAUGAUAGCUGGAGAGCUUCUGUACAUCGCUACCAAUUGGGUAAGACAAGGUAUGCUCAUUACCGACAGUCGGACAUCAUCUUGGCAGACGCAGGGUGGCAUUGUAGCUUUUGCUUCCGCCACAUAAGUGAAUUUAUAUUUAAGAUGAAAGCAUACAGUCAUUUUGACAGGGUCAGAUUUUCUCAUUUUCUGAACCCUAAGAGAGUCCAAAGGGUUAUCUGCAAUGGGGAUGAUUUAUUUGAUAUGCUGCCAGAGGAGUAUACAUUCAGGGAAAUCAUUGGCAAAAUGGGACCAAUUCCCCACUCUUAUUCUGCUGUUCACCUACCGGCUUUUCUUUUGGAAAAUGCAGACAGGUAUAAAUUUCUUUUGCCGGGUAAUUGCUUGAGAGAAAGUGGGUGAUGUAGCUGGACUUUUGUUAUAUUUUCUUUUGGUGAAUGUCGAGGGUGCAGUUUCAUUGUUCGUUACUCCUUAAAAAUCAAAUGACAAUCCUGCGGAAUGUCCAACAGUUGCUAUCAUACUGCAGAAACUUUUGGAAUGUUCGGAUGAAUAUUCAGAUUUGGGGAAGUCCGGGGAUUUUUGUAUAUAGCUUUCUUAGACAUGGUUUUCUCAGGACAAAUGGGGAGUUUGCUGUUGCAGAACUGCUAUUGAAACAUGUGCAUAACUCUGUAUGCUCUAGUAUAUCAAUUCCUGAUUAUGUUCCCAGAUAACAUUUACAUUCACGGGCAUCCUCUGUUGGGAAAUUUUGGACCCGUACUAAUUUAUUCACCUUUCUUGUGUUCCUUUUUCUUUCUAACCUUGUACUUUCAUAUCACCAAUCCCCAACAAAUUUGAUGAUUUAAUUAACUUUCUAGUAUGCAUCGAGUUGGUAUUUA